AUGGAUGGUCCCGGAAUGAGUUUAUUUCAAGGCGCCGCUAGUAUCCACAUAAACAAUAGUGCUCAAGACAGACUCGACGAGCAAGAAGAACUAGAAGAUCAGAAACGACGAAACGAAGAGCUUAAGCACAAAUUGGCAAAUGCUUUUGAUGAUCUUUUGGAUGAUGACGAAGCCAGUUCUGUUAACAGCAGUGGAAACUACACCCUGGAUCCGCAGCAAAACAAUGUUCAACCAACAAGAACAGGUUUACCUCCAACCUAUGUGGAGUCUCUUAAUCACUUGAAGGAACAACAUGGUUCAGAGUCCCCCAAAUUAUAUUGUGAAACACCUAAGAACCAUAUGGGUCACAUGAGACAUCAAGAAGAAGUUAUCAAAGCGCAGUUUGGUCCAUAUGGUGCUGGCGAUGGACAGAACCACUAUUAUCCACAAGAAUAUAGAGGGCAUGUGAAUGGGAUAAACAAUUGUGAUAGACAAGAAUAUAUGAACAAUGAACAGCUGAGAGUUAUGUAUGAAAUCCGGGUGAAGGAAUGUCAACAAUUAGCUGGACAGAUGCAGAAAUUAGACACCGAAAUAGAUAGCUUACGCGCGAGGCUAGCUGCCGCCAUCAGUGAUAGGGAUAAGGCGGAACUAUCUUUACAAGAGGCUCAUCAUCUGCUUGCAUCAAGUAAACAUAAAUUGAUUGAGUUAGAACAACAAGUGACAAAUCUCACUGAGAAGUUAAUGGAGAAUGACCAAGAGAAAGAACAAUUGAAGUUAGAGUUACGCUCAGCUAAUAUAAGUCUUCAGGACGUGCAACAAAGGCUUCAUACCCUGCAGGUUGCUCAUACUCAUGAUACUGAUGCAAUAUUUAGAGAACAGCAAGAUAGACACAGAGAAGAAAUGGACAGACUCCAAAAUGAUUUAACAAAAGCAAAGAGUAGGCUUGAUGAAAAAGAAAACGAAAUUAAGGCUUUAGAACGACGUUGUAUGGAGAAAGAUAGAGAAAGGGAAGAUGUAUUAAUAGAUAAGGGAGCGACAAUAAAUAGACUGGCAAGCGAAUUGGAGGCAGCUCAAAGUCGACUUGUGAGUGGAGAGACUCCUCGCUUGAUGGAAAAGGUGGUACAGUUGACUACGGAACGCAAUGCCGCCAAAGAACAGGUCAAAGAAUUGGGGUCAAAGUUGGAACUCACAGCUCAUGAUCUGGUUCUACACAGAAAGAAAUUAUCUGCUACUCAAAAAGAAUACGAACAUUGGAAAACUACACUCCAUCAGAUACUUAUGGAGUCACUGCCUGAUAACACUUACUUUGGUGAACCUCCAUCACCAGGCAGGUUAGCUACAUUAAAAGAAGUUUUGAGCCGAAAUAAACAACAAAUGCAAAAAUUAUCGGGAUUUCAAGAAGAAAUAAUUAAAAGAGAUAAAAAAAUAGAACAACAUCGAAAACAAGAACUUGACCUCAGAGCGAAACUAGAAGAACAGAAAGGCAUAGAGAUGCAACUGAAUUCGCGUGUAGCCGUUUUACAAAAUAAACUCGAACUUCUUGGUAGCAAUUCUGAUAGUGAAUUGUUGGAGAGUUACAAACAACAAAACGAAAGACUUCAGACCGAGAUAGAUGAAGUUAGAAACGAAUUGAAAAAUCUUGAUCUCAAAUACACUCAACUAGAAUUAGAUUAUGAAAAGCUCAAAUCAGAAAAAGGUAGUCGCGCAUCAAUAGUGCAAGAAGCAAAUGCUGACUUGUUGCGGGAAUUGGAGAGGUACAGCGGCCAACUCAAAGAUACGCUUAAGGAGAAUGGGGAACUUAAGUCAUUGUAUCUGCAAGCAUGUAGUUCCCGAGACGCAAUGUCAAGAGAAUUAAAAGAUAUCCAAUCAAAAAUACAAAAGGAGAAAGAGCUGUAUAAAUCACAAGAGACUGACUAUGUGGAAAGAUUGGAGAAACAAAAACAACAAAUUGAGAAAUUGACCUCAGACUUGAUGAGUUCAAAGGAAGAGUUGGAAAGAGCUAACAAGAGAAUAUCGGAAUUGCAGAGAGAGUUCACUGAUAAACAAAGAGAGUUCACUGACAAAUUGGAUAAGUAUUUAGAAGAUGAAAAGUCUGCAAUGCGUAAAGAAAGAGAGCCGUGCGCACAGUGUGAAAAAAGUAUAAAACAAAUACGAUACCUAGACGACCAACUCAGCAAAUGUACCAUUAAGUUAGGUAAUCAGGAAAGCAAUGAAGCUCUAAUGAAGGAAUUAAAAGGCAAAGCCGAAUUCUUCCAGCAAUACAUAAUAGAUCGUUUCAAUAAGUUGCGCGAACAACGCAGUGUAGCUACUAACACUGAGGAGUCAUCACCAACUCCGGCUACACCAGUAACGGAACACCCAAGUUUCGAGAACUUAGUGGAAAAUAAUGAUGAUGCAAUGGCCGCUAAGACUGCUCUUAUGAUGAAAGAAAAAGCGAUUAGAGAUCAAAUAGCAGAAAAGUUUACUUUAGAAAUGAAAACUGUCGAAAUGAAUUGUUCUCGACGGAUUAAAGAAAUAGAAAAAGAACAAUUAGAUACUGUAACGAAACUAAAAGAACUUUUGGAUAGAAAAGCUAAAGAAGUAGACACUUUGAAAGAAUUUAUUCUUGCAGAGAGAGCUAAAGUCACACAAAUAUUAGAAUCUAAGGAGAACGAAAUUUCAGAACUAAUAAAAGAACAUAACGAAUUACAAGUUGAAUGCCAAAAAGCUAAGGACAGUGUCCUAGAUUGGAAACUUAAAGCUGAAAGGUAUAAGGAAAGAGCAUCAAGGCUUGGAUCCUUAGAGGAUUUAUUAAAAAAUGAAAGAGAAGACUGGAAACAAAGAAAUAGCUCUACUGCUAAAGAAUAUAUGGCGAUGAAGGCGAAAGCGGCUGAUUUGCAGUCAAAAUUGGUGCAAUUAGAACAGAAGUAUGAGAAAAUACAAUCAGAACAGAAGGUUCUUCUAGAAAAAUACAAAAAUGCUAAGAAAACUAUUUACACCUACAAGGAUUACGUUACGAAAAAAGAUGAUCACGUGAACAACGAAAUGAAUCGAAUACAAGACGAAUAUAGAAAAAUAUUUGUGAAACUACAGAAUCAGAUCAACUACCAUGUCAACUGCAGAAUACAAGAAGAGAAGAAAGGGAAGCAAUCCCAAGUGCACCACUCACAAGAAACCGAUUACUCGGAACGCAUCAAUAAAUUGAGCGAAGACUUCUCACGAUUGGCGCAGUCCACGUUUAAAGAUGUACCAGACUUUAAGUGA